UUGACUUGCAAAGAAGAAGAAAGGAAGAAAUCCAGAGAAGAAGGAAACUUUCAUUUCGCUCUCCUCCCACAGCUAUUCGUACUGUUCAUCUUCUUCUCCACUUCACUAUAAAAGUAAGAAGCAGAAGGGGAAAAACACUCAAGCGAUGGCACCUUCACCGUCCCCUACUAACUUUAAUUCAGCUGAUUCUUCUAGUGAAGCUGUCGUCAGUUCGAGUCUUCAUUCUAUUGAAGCUGCUGUCCCUCAAAUUAUGCAAGAGAAGCUUAAUCAGGUGAGUGAGUCAAUUUUUAAUCAUGAUUUGUUGUAUCCUUCCUGCUUUAGGAUAUUCGAAAUUUAUCUGAUCUGACGAGUGCUGCAAUGUACAGAGAAACUAGGCUAAUGUUCCUUAAUCACCUUCCUUCCUAUUUUUCUGUCAUCACUGGAGAAUGCCGGUUUGGAAAAGUCAGAUUCCAUGGCCCCCUUGUGAUGUAACUAACAUUGAAGGAUCAGCAGCUGUAGACUCUUCCCAAAUGAAACCAAAUGGCAUAUGCUCAACUGGUUCAGCUACUAACUUGAAUGAAAAAAUUGUGUCCUCAGAUGCAGCAAAUGCUGCGAGUUACCCUGUCUCUGCUGCUACCGAGGCUUUGGGUACACGGCAAAUAACCAUACUGAAUGCAGAACCGCGGACCUCUGCCAUGGGGCGGGCAGUCAGUGACACAAAUAUUGUAUCAACUGCAUAGCCGCCGCCGCUUCCGCUGAGUCCUAUGUUGUCCAGGCAAGCUUCUGGUCUUAGAAGUCUGAGUACUUUCGAGCCAGCCUUCCUUUUAAGUGAUCACAGCCGGAACCAAGCGAUAACUGACUUUUCGGUUCAAAGGGUUUCCAGCGGAGACAUGUCUCAUGGACCUUCAUCAGAUAAUGAUUUGAGGAGCAGGGACGAUAAAGUUUCAGAGGAAGAGACGCAUAGUUUUCGCAAUCCUCCAGCUUCCUUCAAGCAUCCAACUCAUUUAAUUACACCUUCAGAGAUUUUAGGGGCUGCUCCAUCUUCAGGAACAAAUGAUAUUAUGAGAGGGAAGAGUGACGUAGAGAAGAGCAUUCAAGAUGUAGGCGUUAACAAUGAAGUAUGCAAUGUUGAGGUGGAGGUUAAAGUUGUUCCAGAUGGAUCUUCUCGAAGAGAAAAAUUCUCUCCCGAGGAGUCUCAGGAGUCCAUUGCUGAUAAUAAUGAGAAACUCUUCUGCUCCCAGGCUUCAGAUCUUGGCAAUCAAAUAGCCAGAGAAUGCCUUGCAGGAUCUUCGGCCGGACAAAGUCAGCAAACUAAUGAUGCUGAAGUUACAGAACGAUCAACCCAACUUCCUUGUUUGGAUGAAGUCAAUGCCUCUUCAAAUGCGACUGAAGAAGUUUCUUAUCAAGCUGUUACUUCGCAAAUGCUGGUAUCGGCUACUGCUAAAAGUAAGAAGCAGAAGGGGAAAAACACUCAAGCAAUGGCACCUUCACCGUCCCCGAGUACCUUUAAUUCAUCUGAUUCUUCUAGUGAGGCCGUCAUCAGUUCGAGCCUUCAUUCUAUUGAAGCUGCUGUCCCUCAAAUUAUGCACGAGAAGCUUAAUCAGAUAAUGGCUAUGCAAAAAGAAAUGAAAAAACAGAUGACUGCUACUAUUAAUGUCCCUGUCACAAAAGAAGGCAGCAGACUAGAGACUUCCCUUGCACGGACCAUGGAGAAAAUUGUCAAGGCAAAGAGUGAUGCUUUGUGGGCUCGUUUUCAAGAAGGGAAUGUUAAAAACGAGAAGCUACUGCAGGAUCGGGUACAGCAGAUAAUUAAUGUUCUGGGCAAUUUCAUCAACAAGGACUUGCCUGCCACUAUAGAGAGAAUAGUGAAAAGGGAAGUUGCUGCAGUUCAAACAAAUGUUCUUCGUGCCAUUACACCAGCUAUUGAGAAGACAAUAGUUUCAGCUAUUACAGAAUCCUUCCAGAAAGGGGUAGGUGAUAAGGCCAUCAAUCAGCUUGAGAAAUCCGUCAACUCUAAACUGGAAGCUUCAGUUGCUAGGCAAAUCGUAGCACAGUUCCAAACAUCUGGAAGGCAAGCGCUUCAGGUUGACAUUCCCAAGAAAAGAACUCUCAAGAUUAAUAUCCGAGCGCAAAUAUGAGGAAGCAUUCACCUCAGCCCUGCAGAGAAGGGAUGUCUCAACCCUCAAUUGUCUCCUGGUUAUGCUCUCAGAGAAGAUAAUGGACUACAGCAGCAAUCACUGCAUACUGUUGGUUGGAGAAGGUGACUUCUCCUUUGCAGCCUGCUUAGCUCGAGCUUUCGGCUCUGCUCCUCACAUUGUCGCCACUUCCCUAGAUUCCCGAGUGAGCUUGGAGUGGAAGUA